AUUUUUUCUAGAACAAAACAAAGUAUGAUAUGUAGCGUUUCCUAUAAAACACACAUUUUUUUUAAACAAAACUUCCAAAAAGGGGGGUUAUCAAAUAAUUUUAAAAAUUGUUUUUUAAGUUAUACGCGCAUACCAAAAUUCACGUUUCAAUUCACUGUCAUUUAAAUGUAAGUGUAUUAUUGUCAAAAGGGCAAACUGCAAUUUUUUAGUACAAAAAAUAAACAAAAAUAUGUAUAUAUUUCGCGUUUUCCCCAUAAAACGCACAUUUUUGAAACAAAACUUUCAGUAAGUGGGGGGUCAUCAAAUAAUUUUUAAAAAAUUGUUUAUUUUUUAAAAGCCAAAAUUCCCUAUUCACUGUCAUUUAAAAGAUAUUAAAAACGCUCAAUUUAAUUCGAUUAUUAUUGUCAAAAAGGCAAACUGCAAUUUUUUAGUACAAAAAAUAAAACAUAUUUCGCGUUUUCCCCAUAAAACGCACAUUUUUGAAACAAAUUUAAAAAUUGUUUAUUUUUUAAAAGCCAAAAUUCCCUUUUCCAUUCACUGUCAUUUAAAAGAUAUUAAAAACACUCAAUUUAAAUCGGUUAUUAUGCAACGUAAAAAAGAUGAGUAUCAUAUUUUAAAAACAGGUAGAAACUAACCAAAAAAGUGAUAACCCAAACUGAAACCCACAAGAAAAGACGCGCACUGUAUAAAGGUAAUUAAAAUAUAAAACUUACCAGUUGUAGGGUCGUAGGGAAAUGGACAUCGCACUUCUGUAUUCAUUGCACUGAAUAUAGUCUAUAAUACACAUGCAACGUAUUUAUACACAUGCACUCCCUUCCAUGGUUGAAUUAAAAGUCGAAAGGUCUUCUACCCACAAGCACCAACGCCGAUUUGAAUAGACGCGAUGUUGUCGCCAGACAACCGUGCAGGUAGAAGUCUCAAGGUCAACACGCUUUCACACGGGAACGCAACCGCUUCGGACGUUGGACGAACGUAUGUUGCCGCAAAAGAUCAAGGCCAACUUGCUUUCAUUUUUUACAAUCUCCGUAUGGGAUGUGGAAUUUCAAAACGCGCCGAGUCUAAAUGUCAAGUUGUUUUGCUUGUUGAGAAUAAUAAUUAAUUGCCCCCUUUAUAUUUGCUCCGUGGGAUUAACGUAAUGGGAAAAAUUUGUUGCAACGCAUGUGGAGGUGUCUUCGUUUGUUAACUUUUAGAAAGUAUUCUCGCACCGUAUAAAUACAUCUCAUUUUUCUCUGUUUUGUCAGUAGUUGUUUUUGGUAUUAUUCGUGCAACGUGGAAGCUAACUUAGUGGUUUGGUGUUCGUACAAAAAAGCAGUCUUAAAGAUCAUCUUAGUACUCUCAACCCGUAACCGCAAAUAGAAUAGCAGCAAUCUUAAGCAUGGACUUAAGUCAACUGAAUCAAACCUGUCUUGCAGAAGGUGAUUUUGAGCAGCCGAUUGUCAAACUGCAUGAAUUGCCGAUAGGCGUUCCGUUUAAAAUUACUAGAGCCAAAAUUGUUAAUACAAAAUUUGGCAAUUCCGUGUUGCUGCAAUUAGAAAAUUCCGUAGUAUUUCUUCCUACUCGCGUGACAGAAGCUUUCCGUCCGAGACUAGAACACUUUGCGUCGGGGCAGUACAAACUGGUCUACGAGGGAUCCAAAGAUAUUGGAAAGCCCAACUCUUUAAAGAAAUUCAAAAUAAUUCAAAAUUAAUCAACAUAUUAUACAGGGUAAGUCUUAUUUACUGUUAUAUAUUUAAUAAACCACGAUGCGCGUAAAGCAGAUCAUUCAUAGAGCGCAAAUCUUAAUUUUAACCUUACAAAAAUUAAAAAAGCAUAUUUCCGACAAGUUCACUCUUAGAGAUAGUGAUGUGUGGCUUAGGAGACUAAAUAAAAAUAUUGAAUCUUGCAACCAAAUCGUUUCUAACGAAAAGGAUUUAUCUAUUGGGUUAAAAAGAAAAUUACAAACUACAAUUCAACAUCUGAAAGCUAUUAGAAAAAUUAUUCUUAAUUAUCAACAUAAGCAUUUUGGAUUGGGAUUACAAAGUAGUAGCCGUGAGACAAACACAAAUGAAAUGGUUGUAUGGGAAUCGGUAGCGUCGUGUUUCCAGGGAAGAGUUCAGACCGGUGUCAUAAUUAAUUUACUUCAUAAAGAUUUAAUUCAAUUUUUAAACGAUUGUCGUCCAAUAUUUCAACAAAAAAUUAGUCAAAUUUUAAAGAAAUUUUUAUUGCUGAAAGUAAAUACCACAUUUUGCGGUGAAUUUAUUAAGGCAAAAAAUGAUGUCCAAGGCGAAGUUGAUGUUAAAUAUCUGACUACCGGAAAUGCUGUAGUUGAUUUAGGAACAGAAUUGAAUGAUUGGUUUGUUGAAAAUGUGCAAGAUAAAAUUUUAAAUCAAAUGUCAGAGUUUCAGGAACGUGAUUCCGGGUGGGCUUUAAAUAAUAUUAUUUAUUUAGAGAUUAACAUUAAUAAAUUUGAAAUGGGUAACGGGUCAUCCUUCGUUGAGUUGCCUAAAGAAAUUGCGAAUAAAAGGGCUUGUAUUAACAUUAGAAAUGACGAUCAAGCGUGUUUUUAUUGGUCAGUUGUAUGCGGACUCUUUCCAGCACGUUUUCGUCAGUAUUUACCCUCUUCAUAUCCAUACUACAAAAGUGUUUUGAAAACUGAAAAUUUACAAACACCUAUGGAAAUGAAUAAAAUAAGCAAAUUUGAAAAAGACAAUGAUAUUUCCAUCAAUGUUUAUAUCUUAGAGUUUAAUAAAAAUGAAAAAACUAGUUUUUAUUCCGUGUUACCUGCACGAUUAACAAAAGAAAAACGCGAAAAACAUUCAAAUUUGUUGUUAAUACAAAAUAAAUAUUAUCCAAAAGUUAAUGAUUUUGAUCCUGAUCCGCAAGAUAAUGAUUAUGAAGAAAUAAAAUAUCACUAUUGUUACAUUAAAAAUUUGUCUCGAUUAGUUUCCUCACAGCUCAGUAAAUAUAAUCACAAGAAAUACAUUUGCGAUAGGUGUUUGAAUUAUUUCAAUAACGAAACUCGUCUACAUGACCACGAAACAAUAUGUUCCAGUUUCAAUGAGUAUAAAGUGUCUUUUCCCAAAUAUGAUUACGUUGAAUUUCGAAACCAUAUAUAUAAACAAAGGACUCCGUUUGUAAUUUACGCCGAUUUUGAGAGUCAAUUGAGAAAAGUAAAUUUGAAAAUUUCAGAUAAAACCUCGAAAUACCAAAAGCACGAAGCUUACAGUGCUGCAUAUUACUUUAAAUGUUCUUAUGAUGAUUCAAUAUCAUUUUUCAAAAGUUAUCGUGGUCUAGAUUGUAUUGAUUGGUUCGUGGAGGAAAUAUCUAAUUUAUCAAAAUUUGUUCGUUCAAAAUUACGAUUCAUCCAGGGAUGAUUCCUAUAUCAUGUACUUUGACGUCAAUAACCUCUAUGGCAAGGCCAUGUGCGAGCCUCUUCCUUACGGAGGAUUCGACUGGAUGUCUCAUCAAGAGAUUGAUUCAUUUAAUGUCAUGAACAUUCCAGAUGAAUCUUCCCAAGGAUAUAUCCUAGAGGUAGACCUGGAAUACCCGCAGAAAUUACAUGACACACAUAGAGAUUUUCCAUUUUGUGCCGAACAUCGAGUGCCCCCCAAUUCAAAGUUACCAAAACUAAUGACUACUUUGUAUAAUAAAGAAAAAUACGUCAUACACUAUCGCAAUUUAAAACAGGCUCUCAAAAACGGUCUCGUACUAAAGAAAAUUCACAAAAUAUUAAAAUUUAACCAAUCUCGUUGGUUGAAAUGUUAUAUCGAUCAUAAUAAUAAAUUAAGAACCCAAGCAAAAACAAAAUUUGGUAUAAAUUUAUACAAAUUGUUUAAUAAUGCCGCUUACGGUAAAACAAUGGAAAACAUUCGCAAGCAUCGUAUUGUUAAAUUUGUUAAAGCGUGGGAUGGUCGCUACGGUGCGAAAAAUUUAAUUUCUAGUCCUAGAUUUCACAGUAGAACCAUACUUGAUAACAAUUUGUUGCUUAUAGAAUUAAAAAAAACGGAACUUUGCUUUAAUAAGCCACUUUAUAUUGGAAUGUCCAUAUUGGAUUUGUCGAAAACGACCAUGUACGAGUUUCAUUAUAAUUACAUGCUUCCAAAUUUGGGUCCCGAAAAAUGUAAAAUUCAAUACAUGGAUACGGACAGUUUCAUUUAUAAUAUCAAAUGUUAUGACGCAUAUGAAAGCGUUAUUAAGGCCGAUUUAACAAAAUUUGACACGUCUGAUUAUCCUAAUGACAAUCCCUAUAAUAUACCGCAAAUCAACAAAAAGGUUUUGGGGUUGAUGAAGGAUGAGACUAAUGGCACCAUCAUUAGUCAUUAUGCUGGGUUAAGGUCGAAAAUGUAUACUUUCAAAAUUUUAACGGGUUCGGUAGUUAAAAAGUCAAAGGGUAUUCAGUACAAUAUUGUAAAAAAUAAAAUUUCAUUUGAUGACUACGUAGAAUGCUUAACAAAUUUUAGGGAAAAGUACGCCACUCAACGAACCAUUCGUUCAUACACUCACAAUGUAUUUAGCAUCGAACAAACAAAAGUUGCCUUGAGUCCUUUAGACGAUAAACGUUAUCUUUUGCCGAAUUCAUAUGAAACGCUUCCGUGGGGACAUUAUAAAGUGCCCUAAUUAUUUUUUAAUAUAUUUUUGUUACAGAUUAUGGUCAAACAACUUACAUUAGAAAGCCUUUGUAUUAUAACAAUUUGCGAAAAUAUUAGGUGUAGUGCUGAUUUUUUGCUUGAGUCACCUUUGCCUUGGAAACUAACGAUACUAAUAUUUAAAUAUUAUUCGAAAUAUAGAUGGAGGUACCUUAAACAAUUAGCGCUCCAGUCUGAUGGCAAUUCUUUAUUAAAUUUAGAAUUCAUUCUGUUGAAUAAGAGAUUUGGAUCGUCUUACAGAAAUAGCAUUUUGGCAACUCCAACCAUUGAUUUUGACGGAGAAUCCGCUUACUGUUUAUGGGUCAGUUAUUACAGGAUAAAAUAUUCGGAAAUUUUAGUUUGUAAAUCUUGUCACUUUAUAUUUCAAGUAGUUAAACAAUUUAAAAAGAAAAAUUUUAGACUUUUAUUGGAUCACUAUCAUUUACAGCUGGAUAUAAAUAAUUUGAAUGAUGUAUAUCACGAUAAACAAUUUUGGUGUCAAAGCUGCUUUGAAGAAGUUUUGUUCACUGUAGAAACUGAAGAUGAAUGUAAUCUAAUGCUUCACAAUGAGAGGAAAUAUGGAAAAAAGUUACGCUUUUCUGAUAGUCCAUUGAACUAUUAAUACUGUGGUUUUAUUAUAAAAUAUGUAACUGUAGAUAAGGCUUUUAUGUAUUGAUUGUAUUCCAUUGUAUUGCAACAAGAAUAAACAUGUAUAUAUUUAGACGCUAUUUUCUUUUUUACCAC